GACUUUUGACCCAAUAAAUCCUUUAAUCCUUGCCCUUUGUCUUCUUCUCUCUGUUUUCUCUCUGUUCCUUUUUCAAUUUUCUCGAGAAAAUCAAGAAAGAAAAUCGCCAUUGUUUUCUUUUCCUGGUUUUACUUUCGUUCCAAAUCAUGGAGAAAGCCGAAGAAAUUGACAAGAAACUAGAUAUAGAACACGACGCAGAGGAAUCAUCACUUAACAUGAUACUCAAGUCUCUGUGGCAAAUUAGCGUUUUUGCAAGACAGAACAAAGUACGUCAGAGAUUCACAGGCUCUUUUCUUAAAGAAGACAUACUUCGUCUCUCCUUUAUCAACAAUCUCAGUCUCAGUCAACCUCCGGAAGCAAAUAAUGUCUUUGAACUGUUUGUAUACAUCUUGGAGAAUUUACCUCCCUGGAACCCGUACUUUGAAGUGUUAUUGGAGAGUGGGAUGGUGUUCUCAGCAUUUUUCGAAAACUGCAUAUUCGACCUGAGAUAUUAUUUUUUGAAAAUAGGGAGCAGAUGUUUUCCGCGAAGGGAUCUGAAGACUCGUGUGUUAUUUCUUAGCCCAAUUCAGGAUCCUGACUGAUUGUUAUGAUCAUUGAUCAAUGUAGAUAGUUAGAUACCAGAGUUUCCAACCACAGCUCAGUUUGCAUUUCGUUUGAUGUAUUGGCCGGUAACACUUGAAUUGCUCAAUCUCUUUAAUGGACAACACUUGUGUUCUAGUUCUCUUCUUUGAUGUACUCAUUUACAUUUUGACACAAUAUACUUAAUGGCCAGCUACUGUUGGACCUUGUAUAUGGAGCAAAGCAAAUGGGAAAAGGUUAGAUUUGGUGCUGAGUCUGCCAAUACUUAUUCUACAGUUUAACAUUUUUAUACUUGGAUUUGGUUAUUGGCUCUUUAACGUUUAUGUGCUUUAGUUUUGAAUCAUAAUUGUAGGAAGAAUCUUUGUGGAAGAAGCUUUGUGGUAGAAAUAAUUAGGAGAUGCCUUUGGAUUAACUCUUUGAGUCUUCCAUAUUCUUUUUUCUUGGAUUAAGGUUUCAGAACCCUGAUUCGUUUAGAAAUUCUUCCUUUACUACCGAACAUGUAUUCAGUAUUUGAUUCUGCACAAUCUUUGUUGAUCCAGGUUUCUAUCCUUUCAAGUUCAUUGUGGGAUUUUUCUUCAAACCUUAUCUAGAGUAAAUAUUUCACUACAUG